UCUGCAAUGACAGUUCAUUCGGAGCUAAACCAAACUAUAAAUACUGUGUUUAGGGAUUUUGUUUUUUAUUGAUUGGAAAUGUGGUUAACAUUUUAUUCUUAACAAAAUGAGGAGGGGCUGUUACUAAAAAUGCAGAUUCCACUUCAGUACAUUUAUUAAAAUUGUGUAUUUACUAAAAGGGUCCUACUAGUUGGUGGGGAAAAAUAUACAAGUUUGUGCAUUUGGUUACAGCUUCUAAAUAGUUAACAAUUUUUAACGAAUAAGUGACCGGGGGGGGGGGGGGGGGGGGUUUGCCCUUAUCUCCGCAUCCCCUCGUCAAAUAAACACAACCUUUUGUCUCUGCUGUUGAUCCAGGCAUCUCGCCAUGACUAGAAUCCUGUUCCCUCGCCCACGGCAUCUGCCUUGUCACUCUGUUUGUGUAUCUUUAUACCGCCCACGUUAAAAUAAUAAUAAAUUCAGAGUGCUCCUUUGUCCUAACGCUUUUGUUGUCUUUGUGUUUGCAAACGAACACUGUGACCUGUUUUAAGUCUUUUUACAGGACAGUGAUCCCCUUAAGGAACCGGCUCGUCGUCCGAGAGGUCACUGUACAAACUCUGAUGGCAGUGGGUGUCACAGGUUGACAGAUUGCUUCACCAGUCUGUGCCUGAAAUUGAACUUGAUGCAGGGAGACUGAACUGUUAGCUUGGAAACGUUGCAGCUCAUUCACCUACUAACCCCCCCUAACACCAACAGAGAGAGUCCUACCUCCGAGGCAGGCUUGAGGCAUGGAGACUGAACUGCUCCCUCUCUCACCCCCUUGGGAGAGGGGGUGUUCCUUUCAGUCCAGGGCAGGCUUGAGGCAUGGAAACUGAGCUGCACCCUCGCCCCCCAAGAGAAAAGGUGCUUCCUCCAGUCCAGGGCAAGCUUGAGGCAUAGAAACUGAGCUGCACCCUCACCCCCCAAGAGAAAGGGUGCUUCCUCUAGUGAUGCAUUUCUUCAUAAGAUCAGCGCUUCUAGUAUGUAUGGGUGGCAUUAGUAAAAAGUACAGUAUAUCUUUAAUACAAGUGAUGUCUGCUGAACUGUAAAGGGUUGUUUUCAGUGCUCCUGGUUGUACAGACAUAAGCGGGUUGAACAAUUUGCCUACUAUUCAACGAAGGGGCGGAGCUUCACUCGAGUACAUAAAAAAAAAAAAACACACACCACAGCCCGUGUUAGUGCUACAGGCUGUGGGGAGAGAUAGAGUAUUAGAGUGCGUAUUCAGUGUGAUAAGCUUUCUUUUUUCCUGUUUGACGUGCAUCGGGGAAAAGUUACGGUGGAGUCGACACACGGCUGUUGCAAGUAUAAGCGUUAUUAAGAGGAAUCUUAACCGUGCAGACUCAAGGGAAGAAGGGAACCCAAGACAAAACGCAGAAUACAUAGGCAUCUCGGAUUUCAGUUUCAGAUUUGGCGUCUGCAGAAUGAGGCGACAAAAAACGAGGGUGUUGCUACCCUGCGGUCUUCGGCUACUGUAACGUCCCGCGAUCAACUUUGCAGCUUCUGUAAUAGCAACCGUACGCAAUCAGCCUUGCACUGUACUGCAAGACUAUUGGAUUCAAGAUAUUUAAAUACACACCAUUAAAUAGGAACUUCUUUUAGAAAUGGCAUCUCAUCACAACGUUAUGCUAGUCACGGCAAACGUAGGGUCGUUGUUUGAUAACCUGGGUGAGAUCGAGAGAGACUGGCUUCGAGAGUUUUACAAGACAGUCCACAGGCACCAGCCACGGUUCAUAGCCCUGCACUGCCAGGAGGUCGGGGGGAAGGACUACGAGCUGAAUAUGGACCACGUGGAAAUGUUCUUCAGAAACAUCUUGUUCAGCGAGGAAAUGAAGGAUUUUGACAGAGCCUGCGUGUACGUCGACAAGGAUUUCAAAAUCAAAAACAGCUUCACCGCACUGGGGAGCAUGUAUUUUAUUCACAAAUCUCUGAAGCAGAUCUACCACUAUGAUUUUAAAGUGAAAGAAUUUAAAGCAGUUUCUGGAAGAAACAUCCACCUGGGCUCCCUGGACAGCGUCUCCACGCUCGAAAAAGAAAGAUUCUCUAAGAAUUUCUGGCCGGAAGUAGGUUUCAAGUGGUCCCGGAAAGGCUACAUGAGGACACGAUGGAUAAUUCACAACCGUGGUUUUGACCUUGUGAAUGUCCACCUGUUCCACGAUGCUUCCAAUAUCGUGGCAUGCAGAACCAGCCCCUCUGUCUACUCGGGGAACAGAGAGAAAGCAUUCAGAUACAUAAUCAACAGGUUGUCUGAUAACAGGUAUACGCCUCUCCCAUUCUUCAUGUUUGGAGAUUUCAACUUCCGGUUAGACUUGCGGAGUCUUGUACAGGCCCUGUGCAGCUCGGUGGAGAUCAAGACUGUAAAGAAAGGAACGAACAACGAAGAGGAAAAGGUGAUCUGCAAGGAGAAAGACAGCGACCACAAGCUGGUCCUUUGCAUCGAGAAGAAAGUGUUUGAGUACCAGCAUCAGGCUGCCUUCAGAGAGGAGAACGGCAAAGCUUUUUUGAAGUAUGAUAAGGAGAUUGACCGCUACAGUGAUGUCGUCGGCGAGGAAGAGAUUCACUUUCCUCCCAGCUACCCCUACAGCGAAGACUACUCUCAACCCACCCAGUUCAUGAACACAAGGUGCCCGGCCUGGUGUGACCGAGUGCUCCUGUCCCACCCCGCCAGGCACAUCAUCCACAGGGGAGAGGAGGGGGAGAGCGGUGUAAUCUAUGACACUUUGGGCUCAAACGUAUGCAUGGGGGACCAUAAGCCCGUUUUCAUGUUCUUUGGAUUAAAGACCAACGGACAUUGAGACCAGACCUGGAGCUUUCUAAGAGGAACACCAGCAGCCUUUUAAACAAGACAUUUACUAGAGGGAGGGCAGAACAGGGGGGAGAAGAACUGAUCCCAAGACCUGCUGUGUAUACUGAAGUCCUGCACUUUGCAAGCGUUGCACACCAGCCAUUCACUGUGCCAGCAGCGCCACCACGCUAGUGACUGAAUGCGAUGGGCAGUACAUUUUUUUUAUUUUUUAUUUUUUUUAAACAAAUGCAUGCACGCAAGACGCGGUGCAUGUGCGUUUCCAUAUUUUGUCGUACUGUUGUAGGGGACAGUGUGAUGUGUAGGUUAAUGUACAGGCGUUUUUAUAAAGCAAGGUGUGUGUGUUUUUUUUUAAUGUAAUACUAAGAUAGCUAGAGGAGAGGAAACCACAGUUCUGUUGCUGCUAUGGAUAUUAGGCACCAGGGUUCUGUAAAGUGCCGGUCGCUGCUUACUUUAAAUCUGUAACAAAAGAAAUACGAUUCAGUUUAGCUGUAUAACUACACAAGCACUGCAUUGACAGUGAAGGGUUAGUGUGUUCAAACCUGCUGCCCCGUGCGUUUCUUAAACUGCAAUCACUGUAGGCCGUUUGCAAUGUUUACUCAAACAGGAUAAUACUAAUCUCCAACCAGCAGCUUUUCAUUUGUCAUGAAUAUACUCUCUAGUUGUUUUUUUUAAAUCCACGUAUUUAGUGAUUUACACUAUGUUAGAUCGUAUAGCUGUGCUGUGAAGCUAAGGGCGGUCGUGCUCCGAAUUUUUUCAUCUGCAAAUUCGUUCUUAACCCUUUAAUGCCUGCUGCACGCAGUUGUCUUGGAAUGUACAGCUAUGGUCAAAAGUUUUGCAUUACCUACGGUUUUAGGAUUGAGAUGUCAGUUAA